AGUUUCCUGUUGAAUAUGUUGCCGGCUCUUUUCUCAGAGAAGGUGACUCUGGAGAAGGGAGGCGCCACAGUGAGCCCCAACUGGGCCCGAGUGGGGCUGGCCCAGAGGGCGGAGGGCAGCCCAGUCCCUGGAGUUCCUGGGGAGAAGGGGGAGCUCCCUUGGGAAGCAGAGGCUCCCGGCCACACUGGGUCCAGCUCACGAUGGAGACCUUGCCUUUACGGUGGUGCUGGUUUGUGUGGAAUUAGACACCGAAGACAGAAAAUGGUGUUUGGACUGCGCUGCCAGAGAGAGAGGCCCUACAAGCCCUUGUACAUGGUGUGGCUCUUGGCUCUUGCAGGAGUGGUGUACUACUACUUCCAGGAGUCCGCGGGGAGGCCAGCGCCGGACCCCGCCGUCACUGAAGAGUCCUCACAGCCCAUAGGGGAGACCCUAAGGCCAGUGUGGGGGCUGAUGGAUAAGUGCUACCCUGUGACCGCUCAGAGACGCAGAGUCAGGAGCGGGAAGAAGCAAGCGUCUGAGGCCAUGCCCCCCAAGGCAGCUGGAGGACCCAAUGGUGAUGCCAAGGGGGAGACGGACAUCUUGUCUCAGCAUGAGGGGGCGGGGCGGGCCCCAGAGGAGGAAGCAGCUGGCCCCAUUCCUGCCCGGAAGACGAUGGCCCCGGAGGAAGAGGUGGCAGGGACCCAAGGCUGGGAGGCAAAGAAAAAGGUCCCCACGGAGAUGGCAGUAUACCCUUCUGAGGCCUCCGAGGUGGACAGAGAGGAGGAAGGGCCUGGGGCCUGGGUCCCCCAGCUGCUGAGGCGGCUCUGGCUGGGCUGGUUCCCGCCCGACACUGACACCGGGAAGACUCAGAAGCACGAGUGACAAACCAAUAAAUCCAGUUACUGCUUCUGCA